UCUACAGAACGAAUUGAGCUCAGUCUCGACAUCCCUGCCCACCAUGGCUUCAUUAGUACAGCGCCGAAUGCUCUCCAAGGAGGACGAAGAGGGCGAUGGCGUCGAAGUCCGACGCGAAGACCAAGACAAGAUCAACAGGUUCAGCCGCCUACACCAGCGCGAAAUCGCCCUCAAGGAGGAACUCCAGCUCAAAAGCAAAGAAAAGGAAGAGCUAGACGAUAUCUCGACCGAGCUCGAACUCGCCGACGAAGACGAAAAGAUACCAUAUAAAAUUGGCGACGCCUUCUUCCAUCUCUCUCUCGAACAGGCACAGGAAAUGCUCGGCGCCGCUACGACGCGAAUAGACGAAGAGACGACCGCCCUGGAAGAAAAGCUCGAGUCUAUCCGCGAGGAAAUGACGCAGCUCAAGGUCGAGCUGUAUGGCCGGUUUGGCAAGCAAAUCAAUCUGGAAACGUGAAGAGACACAUAUAUGAUACACGUCAACUUCAACAACUUUUCGCCCCCCACCCUUCUACACUACCGUCAUGUAUAUACAGCAACCUUAGAAUCCGAACCAGACCAUGUCAUUAC